AUGGCUAUCAUUGCACUGGCGGCAAAUUUAUAUGUGAUCCGGAUCCAAUCGGUAAAACCAAUUGCUGCCAACCACAACCCCAAUCCCAACCACAACUCCUGCGCCAACAACAACGCCAAUCCCAACCACAACCCCGGAGCCUACCACAACUCCAGUGCCAACCACAACUCCCGCGCCAACAACAACACCAAUCCCAACCACAACCCCGGAGCCUACCACAACUCCAGUGCCAACCACAACUCCCGCGCCAACAACAACCCCAAUCCCAACCACAACCCCGGAGCCUACCACAACUCCAGUGCCAACCACAACACCCGCGCCAACAACGACGCCAAUCCCAACCACAACCCCGAAGCCUACCACAACUCCAGUACCAACCACAACCCCAAUCGCAACCACAACUGCCGCGCCAACAACAACUCCAGAGCCAACUACGAGAGCCCCACGAGAUGCGAUGACAUUUUGCAAGGAAACUCAAGUAGAAGAUAG